CGCAUCCCGCCGAUCCCGGCGUGCCCGCUCCACCGGGCCCCUGGAAAAGGGGCCGGGAGAGGGAAGCAGGGACCGGCAGGGAGCAAAAUGGUGGCACCCAACCCUUAGGAAAAGUGCUGCUCCCCUGGAAUCUUGGGAUCUGGGGCUGAGCGCUUUUGGGGAAGGAGGACUGACACGGGAGGGAGCGAUCGGAGCAGCCUUUGGGAAGACCUCUCCCAGAAGAGACAGGGAUGGAGUCACUGGGAAGCCCCACAGAAGAUGAGAACACAUCCUCUCCCCCCAAUACUUUAAAUUUUAACGGGGCGCAUCGUAAGCGGAAGACACUUGUCGCACCUGAAAUCAACAUUUCCCUGGACCAGAGUGAAGGCUCCAUCCUCUCUGAUGACUUCCUGGACACUCCAGAUGACCUGGAUAUUAAUGUGGAUGAUAUUGAAACACCUGAUGAGACAGAUUCCCUUGAAUUCCUGGGCAACGGGAACGAACUGGAAUGGGAAGAUGACACUCCCGUAGCCACAGCCAAGAACAUGCCUGGGGACAGUGCAGACCUGUUUGGGGACGGGGGGACAGAGGAUGGCAGUGCCACCAACGGCCGGCUCUGGAGGACCGUCAUCAUCGGGGAGCAGGAGCACAGGAUCGACCUCCAGAUGAUCAAACCCUACAUGAGAGUGGUGACACACGGAGGAUACUACGGAGAAGGUCUCAAUGCCAUCAUUGUCUUUGCUGCCUGUUACCUCCCCGACAGCAACCUGGCUGAUUACCACUACAUCAUGGAAAACCUCUUCCUGUACGUGAUCAGCAGCCUGGAGCUGCUGGUGGCUGAGGAUUACAUGAUCGUGUACCUGAACGGGGCGACGCCCCGGCGGAGGAUGCCGGGCCUGGGCUGGCUCAAGAAAUGCUACCAGAUGAUCGACAGGAGGCUCCGUAAAAACCUCAAAGCCCUGAUCAUCGUGCACCCGUCGUGGUUCAUCCGGACGGUGCUGGCGAUAUCCAGACCCUUCAUCAGUGUGAAGUUUAUCAAUAAGAUCCAGUACGUCCACACCCUGGAGGAGCUGGAGCAGCUCAUCCCCAUGGAGCACGUGCAGAUCCCAGACUGUGUCCUACAAUAUGAGGAAGAGAGGAUCAAGGCCAGAAAAGAAAGGGCAGAAGAGAAACAAGACAUGGCCGAGAGGGAAAGCAGGCCUGUGCCUCCAGGAGAGGAUCAAGAAACCAGUAUGUCCUGAAUGGGAGCAGGAGGUGGAUGGAUGGAGUGGAAGGACACAGCCUGGCAGCCACCCAUGGCAAUGACCUUUUGGGACAAAACCUUGUCACCAUCUUAUUCCAAGUCCUGUAAGAUCCCAGAGCCUGCCUCCUCUGUCUCCAAGAUGCAAAGCUCUUUCACCUUUUUGGAAACAUUUUACCUUAAAAAAAAAAGAAGAA